AUUAGUCCGAACCAGUUUAGUUCAAACUUGUCUUGCUGGCUUAAUAAAAAAUCAGCGAGAGUAUAUGAAAAAGUUCAUAAAUAAAAACAUAUUUAUCUUGUGCGUGAUUAUAUACAUAUAGACAAUAUUCUAAAAUAUUAGAGCCAAGUGGUGAAAGGUAUGGCGGCAUUUCGUCAUUUAUUUGACAUAUAAUUUCCCUCAACUUUAAAGACUAACUAAUUUAAUAGGGGCUUAGCCGCUAUGAAAACUUCUGAAAUCGAUUUUCACAUGGAAUUAAGAAUCGUAAAAAUCGGCCCACAUAAUAGACAUUUAAAAGUGUUUUAAGUGCGCGCAGCCAUGCAUUCGUUCCCAGCCGCCUUAAGAGCUCGACCAAGUUGGGGCUCACGAUAUAAUUUAAUACCGAGUGCAAGAAGUUUAUUUGGAAAUCCAUGUCAAACAGUCAAAGGUAUUGGCAAAAUAUAAUAAAACAUAUCUAUAAAAUAAUUGGGGGCUGGGCGACGCGGGUGAAAGUGCUAAAGAAUAGGAACUUUGAAAACUGAAACUUUGCCACAUUUUUGGGGUGCCACCCACAAGGUCGGAAUUGGAUUUGCCUUCAUUUCCGUGACGAAAGUUUUAAUAGCAAUAUUAUUGGAACUAAAUGAAAUGGUAAUGACGGCAAAAUACGUGGCGUUUAUAAAUAUUUUGAGCGAGCUGCAAUUUGAUAUCGACACGAAAGCCCGACAUCAUUCGACACCAGAAACAAUCCAAAGAAUAACAUAAACAAACACAUAAAGCGUCUGUGUCUGGGGCCCGUCUGAUAUCAGACAAUUGAGAUGACUGACAUUGGCGCGGAUUGUCCGCAUCGACAGCAGCUGGAGCACACUCUGCUCCACUGCCAGACGCAAUCGGAGAUACUUCAGGCCACCCGCGACAACUACCUGAGCAUAAUUGAGGAGUUUCAGCGCGAUCUGGAAGAGCUCACGGAACAAGUACAACAACAACAAAUACAACAGCAGCAGCAGCAACAACAAAAUGAUUUUACGUCCAAGGAAUCGGAGCAGAGCUACUACGAGGAACUGACACGAAUCGGCGCAAAUGAGCUCGAGCUACAAGUUGGGAAUUAUAAUUAUAAGAAUAUCUCCAACAAUCUCGGCAACUACGAGCUUCACAAAUAUAUCCAUACAUAUCUGUAA